CAAGCCAUAUAUGCAUACAAAAGAAAGCAGUUAUAGAGGUCAUAUUCGCCUAACCCUCUAACAAUAUUUCUUUUUAAAAAAAGGUCUUAUUAACGAAUCCCAUAAUAGAACUAUAAAGAACAAACAAAUAAAAAAAGAAGACAGAAUUGAGUUCUAAACACGAAAAAGCUUCUUCUGCUUCUUCUCGAAGAAGAUGGAUUGCUCAAUCUGUACGACGAUGCCAUUUAUUUUGAGGCCACCGAGGAAUGCGAUAUGCGCAGCGUGUUACGAGGGAGCCAGAUGCUUGAUCACCCUCACAAACAAGCACGAAAAUGAUAAGGGAGUUGUUGACAACAAAUGCAAUAACAACACUGCUGUUUCUUCACCAAAUUCAUCCAAGGGAUUUGCAAAUGCAUUGAAAUGGGUAAAAGAGAUGAAGGACAUGGAAGAUGAUCUGAAUGAUAAGUUGAGUUUUCUGGGUGGAUUUGUUGCUUCAUUUAGAGAUCAGAUUCACACUGAUAUUCAAGUCAAGCCUGGCAAUAAUGGUCCCCCUAUUCCUGCCCAUAGAGCUUUAUUGGCGGCAAGAUCAGAUAUAUUGAAGAACAUGCUAGACUCAGAUGGAUGCAAAGCUCCACCAAAUGACACCAUAACUCUCCCUGAACUCAACUACGAAGAAUUAGAAUCACUCCUAGAAUUCCUCUACAGCGGAACCUUACCUAAAGAGAAAGUAGAUAAACAUGUCUACUCACUCUCAGUAGCAGCUGACAAGUAUGACAUACCAUUCCUGCAAAAAUUCUGUGAGCACCGAAUGCUCGGAUCGUUGGACUCUUCGAACGCACUCGAUAUUUUAGAGAUCUCAGAUGUUUGUUCUAACCAUAGUUUGAAAGAGACUGCAUUGAACUUCAUUGUGAAGAACAUGGAGGAUGUGGUUUUCUCAGCUAGGUUUGAUGCUUUUGCACUCAAGAACCCACAUUUGACUGUACAUAUUACAAGAGCUUCUUUCAUGGAUAUUAAAAAUAGAAGAAAUGGGGUUUGAGAAUGGGAGAGAGAGAUGUAAAGAGUUAUGGAAUAGUUUCAUAUGAAUAGAUCAAUUAAAUUUGUAUCUUGUAUUGUUUUAAGGGUUAAUUAUAUUUUUAUUAUCCAAAGUAUUUUGUUUGUGUCA